ACCAAAUCUCCUCCCAUUCCGACUACCGCAGCUGCAUUUCGGAUCGUCGUUGGUCUUGAUAGAGUUUUUUUCUACACAAGUCAACAUGGCAGCAGAGAUCCAGAACAUCGCCCAGCUGCUGGAUGCAACCCUGGAUCCGCAGCAGCACCGCAAAGCCGAGAACCUCCUCAAGCAGGAGGAGAAGAAACCCCAGUACUCCCUCCAGCUCCUCAAGAUCGUCGCCGAGCAGAGUCUUCCCGUCAAGACUCGUCUCGCCGCUGCGCUCGCCUUCAAGAACUUUGUUCGCCUGAACUAUGUGAACGAAGAUGGAGAACACAAGCUGCCCGCAGGAGAGGUUGCAACCAUCAAGCAGGAGCUUGUGGGCCUCAUGAUCACAUCGCCCCCGAACAUCCAGAGUCAGCUCGGCGAGGCUAUCAGCGUCAUUGCCGACUCAGACUUCUGGACGCGGUGGGAUACCUUGAUACAGGACCUCGUCAGCCGGAUCUCGCCCACCGAUUACAAGGUUAACAACGGAGUUUUGGAGGUCGCACACUCUAUCUUCGUGCGCUGGCGACCGCUUUUUCAGUCCAACGAGCUGUAUGCCGAAGUCAACCACGUCGUGCAGCACUUUGGCCCGGCGUACGGUGAGCUGCUGCGCAUCACGGACCAACAGAUAGACGCGAACAAGGACAAUACCGCACCGUUGCAGGGCUGGUUCGAGACCAUGAGCUUGAUGGUCAGGAUACUCUACGAUCUCACAUGCCAUGAUCUGCCCCCUACGAUCGAAGGCAACCUGCCGUACAUAUUUGGCCUCCUCGACAAGUACUUGUCGUACACAAACCCCAUAUUCGCCGGCGACGAGGACGAGGCAACAGCGCUGGAGCAUGUCAAGGCAGACAUAUGCGAAGCCCUGACGCUCUUCUCAACCAAGUACGACGAAGACUUCACCCCCUACUGCGAGCGAUUCAUAACCUCUGUGUGGAACCUCCUGUCGACCAUUGGCCCCGAAAAGAAGUACGACCUCCUGGUGAGCAAGGCCUUACAAUUUCUGACCGCCGUCGCCGGGUCCAAGCAUGCGGCCGCCUUCAACGACGAGAACAUCCUGGGCCAGAUUGUGGAGAAGGUGAUUCUGCCCAACGUCACCCUCCGCGAGUCAGACAUCGAGAUGUUCGAAGACGAGCCCAUCGAGUUCAUCCGAAGAGACCUCGAGGGAUCGGAUACGGACUCUAGGCGACGCGCCGCUACCGAUUUCUUGCGGAAGCUGCUGGAGAGAUUUGAGCUUCUCGUCACGAGCGUCGUCUUCAAGUACAUCGACCACUAUCUGACGCAGGGGCAGAAGGACUGGAAGGCCAAGGACACGGCCGUGUACCUGUACCUGGCCAUUGCUGCCAAGGGUGCCGUUACGACGGCGCAGGGUGUCAAGACGGUCAACCCUCACGUCAAUGUCGUCGAGUUCUUCCAGAGCCACAUCGCCUCUGAUCUUUUGAACGAUGCCGGGGUCGAGCCCAUCUCCAAGGUCGACGCCAUCAAAUACCUUCACAACUUCCGCAGCCAACUGACUAGGGAGCAAUGGCAAGCCGCAUUCCAGCCCCUCAUCAAGAAUAUGGCCUCGGACAAUUAUGUUGUAUACACAUAUGCUGCAAUCGCGGUGGAACGGGUCCUGUUCUUGACGAAUGACCAGGGCGAGCACACAUUCUCGAGGGCGGAUAUCGAGCCACUGGCAAAGGACCUCCUCGACCACCUGUUCCACCUUGUUGAGAAGGACAAGGCCCCAGCCAAGAUGCAGGAGAAUGAGUUCUUGAUGCGCUGCAUCAUGAGAGUCCUGAUCGUGAUCAACCAGGGAAUACAACCCAUCUUAGAUGGCGUCUUGAAUCAUCUCAUCAACAUUGUUGGUGUCAUCAAGGCUAACCCCAGCAAUCCUCGAUUCUACUACUACCUGUUCGAGGCCAUGGGAGCCCUGGUCCGGUUUUCCAGCCCCUCACAAGAAGCUAUGCUGCACGAGCGCCUGUGGGAACCAUUCUCGUACAUCCUCAACCAGGACAUCUCGGAAUUUGUCCCCUAUGUCUUCCAGAUCUUCGCCGCCCUGCUCGAAGCUACUCCAUCGAACGAAUUGCCUGCCAACUACAGCACGCUCCUACCUUAUAUCCUUGCGCCCGCCGUAUGGGAGACGAGGGGCAACGUGCCCGGUUGCGCCCGAUUCUUGGCGGCUAUGGUGCCCAAGUCCAAGCGGGUGAUUUUGGAGAACAGACAGCUAGAGCAGGUUCUGGGUGUUUUCCAGGGAUUGUUGAAUGUGAAGAAGACGGAGCAGAACGCCUUCGACAUUCUCGAGUCAGUCAUAGCAGCAUUCGAUGGGACGACGCUGGGCGCGUAUUUCCCGACCAUCUUACAGCUCACGCUUGCCAAGCUGCAGGCGCAACCGUCGGAUUCAUACAAGCAGCGAUUUGUCCGCUUCUAUCAUCUAGUUUCAGCGCGGACGGAGCACGGAUUGGGUGCUGACUUCUUCAUCAAACAUGUCGAGGCCUUGCAAGCCAAGAUGUUCCCGGCCAUCUACCAGAGCAUCAUCCUCAAGACGACCGGCUCGUUAGCCCGCCCCGUCGACAGGAAGAUUGGCGUCAUCUCAUACACCAAGACGCUCUGCGACUCGAAAGAGUUUGCAAUCACCUACGGCAACAAGGGCUGGGGCUGGACAGCCAAUGCACUGCUGGAUCUUCUCAAGAACCCACCCAAGGUGGCGGUCGGAUUCGGCGAUGAGAUCAUCACGGAAGCAGACGUGGACGACAUCGGGUUCGGUCUCGGCUACACCCCCCUGAACACAUGCAAGCGCGGCCCACGUGAUGACUUUCCUGAGCUCACCGACGUUCAGGUCUGGGUCAGCGAGUACAUGAAGAAGACCAACGCACAGGCCAACGGCAUGCUUCUGCAGUUUGUCCAGCAGAGAGUAUCACCUGAGGGCCAGCAGGCCUUGGCUCCUUAUCUGCAGUAGAGACACCAAUACUCGAAUGUACAUGCUUUGAUGAUCUUGACCAUCUCAAGACAACCACAUGAGACGAAAACAAAAAUCAUUGAUGCGAGAAGGUCGACGGACUACAUGGCGGGCAGAAUGGCGUUGGGAAGGACCAAAAUGAUUCGGUGGUAGGGAGACAAUGACAGCUGCAAGGCACUGAAUUAAAUGUGUAGUAG